GAAAGCUGACAAGGAAAGAAGUGUCAUCAAGAAAACCUUCAUUUUCCUCUAAUACUGAUUAGCUUUUUUUCUGUGCAAUGGAAAAUUGUAAUGAAACGAGUACACAAGACAAAACGCUUCAGCCUCAAAUGCCAGAAUUUAAACCCUUAAGUUUUGCAAUACUGGGAAGCAAAAUAGAAAUUCUGGCCAGAAAAACAAAAGAACCAGAGACGCAUAUUCCAGAUUCGAGUAGCGAUCUUACGAAGCAAGAAUCCAGGCAUAAUGAAGCACCAGAGGAAGUUUUGGCACAUGAGAACAAUAUAAUGGCCACUGAGGCAGAACAGGAUGCCUGCCCGCCUCCCAUCAGCACAACCUGCAAAAGCCCAAUUGAAUCCAGCAACAUCAUAAGGCAGUUUGGACCUGAGCAUUUAGCAAAGAGCCCUUGGAAAACAAGACAGCUGCUUCAGAUACAUAAGACGGAUCCGAUGUAUUUCUGGCCAGACAAAGCCAUGAUAAAGGAUAUUAGAAAGAGAAUGUUGCCUCACACCUUGGAAUCUGGAAGAACAAUGGCUCACAAUACACCUUCUGAUGUGAAUGACGAGACCCCCAUGAUGAACUCUGAGCAAGACACGAGCAAUACAGAGGUAAUGAGCGAGUCUCCUGAUUCAACAACUGACAACCAAGCUCAGCUAAAGGGGAAUAUUAUCGAUGCUGUCCUGAAGAGCAUAACCUUAACCUCAUUCAAGGAUCAGCUCACUCAACGAAUUACCAACGAGAUUGAUGUUAGACUCGCAAAGGUCAUAUCCCAGUUUGAAGAGCAACAGCUUGCCUUGGAAUUUGAAUCAGCAAGAGAUCAGUCUCAAAACAUCUCUCAGGAACAACCAUCAAGGGCUAAUGUUUCCAUGUGUGAGUUCAGUGAUUGUGUGGCAUCUAUGAUUGGCUUUGCACUGAUAGAAAUUAGAGAAAAGUUGAAAAACGAUUUUAGAAGCCAAUCGAACAAUGAUACAGCAUCACCAGCAGCAUCUGACACUGCAUCAGACAUUGUGGACAAAGUCUUUGAAGAUAUACUGAAUUCCUUAAUACCUAUCAGUGAUGACACCUCUAAUGUUUCUACACCGACCUUUGACGAUCGGCCAGAUAGUUAGUAUUUUCUGUGAUGAUUUGACUCUGAAGAACAAACGUGUAAGAGGAAGUGUAUCUCUGUCUUGGCCUCACAGUUUGUACUGCUUGUUUUUCAUAUGCUUUCUCUUAUUCCACAUUACAGUAAAUAUUUAAUAAACAACAAGGCAGACAGAGGUGUGAAAAUAAAACAGUAAGUACAUUCUGCUCGUAUUUGCCUGCCAUCUUUUCUGUCAGUUCAGUUCAUGAUUGUUGUUAGGUUGCAUGGAGUGAAGGUGUGCAUCAGUGAGACGAGACCUGUGUGUGCUAAGAAAUGUUGCUCACACAUUACUUCCAAACAUCCAGUGCAUUCGAGCAGCCUGUGUAAAAUCAAAUAAAAUAAAAAAAACACCCAGAGAUUCAAACAUUG